CUACUCUUCAAUUCAGUAAGAAUACAGACUGAGUGAGUGGAGUGGCCAGUGUUUGAGUUUGAUAAGUUCCAUCAACCGUCAAAUCACUACAAUAGAUUUUAUUAUUCAAUACUCGCUAAAAAAGUUUACAACUAGCUCGGGACUAUUCAGUCGUUCAGUGUCUGUGUGUUGAAGUGUUUAUGUCUUUCCAGAUUAGAUUUGGUUUCUUUUGCUAGGUAGUCGAUGGGCUUGAUUGAAGAUGAACUUGAAGAAGUCCGUAAACUCUGUGAACAUCUCAUUGCUGGCAGUAGACUCAUUUCUUGUGUUCGAUCUAUGGUUCGUGUCGAAAUAAAAAGAACUCAAUUCAAACAGCUGGUUAUCUGCAUCCAAUUCCCUGAGGACUACCCAGCAUCACCUCUCCUGAUUGAGUUGAAGUCAAAAACAUUGGUGGAUCAGCUGUUAGCGAAAGUUACAACUGUUUGUGAAGAGGAAGCAAAAAAAUACUUGGGAAAACCACAGAUUUUAAAGGUUCUCAAACUUCUAAGAAAUUUUAUUGAUGAGAAUCCUUUGUCCUGUUGCUACAAUGAGGUCCUUGCCUUAAAGAAGCAGUUACAGGGUGAUCUGGACGAACUGAAAGUUCGUCAGAAAACAUCUUCUCUCAUCUUAAGAGUUCAACAGGGAAAUUACUAUUUAAGAGCAAAAAUAUUAGUGCCUGACGACUACCCUCUUAAAAACGUUGGGUUAGAGGAUGUGGACACAAACUUCCCACCGUUGUUUGAACGUUUCUUCAUCGCUCAAGCUAAAGAGAUUUCAAGACAGUGUAUUGAGCCACCGCUGCAGAGGAAGCCGUCAGACGCCUUCAGUCCAAAACCGUCUGUGUUGCCCACGGUCAGUUUCCUCAUUGAGGCAGUCAAAACGAUUCCUCAAGAUAAAUGCCAGUUCUGUCAGGAACAGUGUCUCCCUCCAGAUCCACAGAAUGUGGAAAAAAACGAAUCAGCAGACAUGCACGUGGAGAGAGUAUACUGUGGCCAUUUGUUUCAUCUGCAAUGCCUCAUCACCUACAUGAAGACCCCUCCGUUCAAAGGUGGGAAGAAGUGUCCACUCUGCAACAAACAGAUAUUCCAUGACAAGUGGAAGGUGAGCGAGAGGUUGGCCGAGGUCAGGUGGGCUCAUCAGCAGGCUCGGGAGAGAGAGCUGCAAGAGGUCUCGGAGUUUUUUGAAUGAAUUUGACAGAUGUAAAGCUGCAUCAAUGCAUCCUAAAAUACACUUUGCUAUUUCCUGGACCCACCUGCUGCUCCUUUGAAAGAUAGAUAUUGUUUGUGAUGUAUUGACAUAUCAAGACACUUAAUUGAAGAAUACACAAGAGGAUAAAAAAAACUGUAAUUUUAUUUUAAUUUUUAUAUAUGGAAUACUAAUUAUAUUAUGUGACAAUUUUACUAUGUGGAUUUAAUUAUGUCAGAGUAAGUUAAUAUUGUAUACAAGCUUAAGUUUAAUGUUAAUUUGGUCAAUUAAAAUGAUUUUUUUUAACUUGCAUUUUGUCCUAAUGUAAUAAAAUGUAAGUAGCUUAAAACUCAUUUUCCGUAUUUUAUUUACAUUUUUAUCAGCCAUUUAUGUUCAGAGUAAAGAUUUAAGUACUGUAUUUAUUGUUUACUUUUAGUUCAUCUUAUCAAUUUCGUUGUUUUUAUUUUUAUAGAUGUAAGUUCUCUUUUACAAACAUAUUUUGAGUGAUCAAACAAGUCAGAUUUUAAUUUAGUUACAAAAUGAAGUAAAGUAUUGUAUUUGGAAUAAAAAUGAAAAUAAAUUCAAGUGGGUUUAUGUAAUUAACAUUUUACUGUAAACCACAUGCACGGGAAAUAACCAAUUUGUUGACUAUAUUCAUUUAAGUACACGAGCUAUUAUGUAUUUUUCCUUAUGUUGUAAAUUUGUUCUCGAAACUUUGACAGUUGUCAAUUAUGCCUUCUCCAACAUAUACCUCUAGUAAUGAUGGUGAAAGUUUAUAUUUUUUAAUUCCAAUAAGUGUCAAAACUGUAUAAAUAAUCUAGGGCAAAUUGUGCUAAUCAAUGUUACAUACCUCAAAAUUACCUCAGGGAGAUGUGGAACAAACAUGUUUAAGAUGUUAGUUUAUUUUACUGAUGUGCCAAUUCUAAAGAUUCUCAUCUCCACCGUUUAAUCACAACACGAAACAGAUCUGUUAAAAUGGCCUAGAGUCCACUGCGUGUUGCCGGUUUGUAAACUGCAGUAAUAGUUUUGCUGUGUUAAAAACCAAUUUUAAAACAAAUCCACUUUUAAAACUUCAAUUUUCAACAAGUUGUUUUGACUGUUUAUAGGUUGUGCUUUUGUUGAAAUAAUUUGUACAGUAUUUGCACAUCCUUUCUUUAGUAUAAAAUGGACAAUAUUGGAUUGUCGAGUUGAAGUAUUUGGAUUUGUCAACUCGUCUUAACUCGAAAAUUUACUAUUCGUAUAUUUCUAUUAAUAUACUUGUAUUUUUUAUAAUUACUUGCAAGAGCGUGUCUGAUAGGUAAGUGCCAUCUCAAAUAUUUUAAAAGCUAAUUUUAAUUUUACAAAAAAACCAUAGCAAGCCAUUUUAAAACAUAGCUUCCACCAAUGUCCAGGCAUUUAUCAUAUUGGAUGACCAUUGUGUCAUAACUAUCCCUAAAGAUACAUCCUGCUAAUUAUGAUAAACAUAACUCUGCAGCAUUCUUUGUUUAAAAUUUAUUAUUGACGAUGGAAGGUUUGAAAAGAUAACAGGAUUUCUGACAUUUGCCGUCGUUAUAUGUUACUAAAGGUAUAACAAUGGUAAAUUUCCGAAAUCCUGUUAUCCUUCCACAGUAUUCUUUGCCAACUCUUAUCUUGAACGUAGUUACCGUCAGAGUUGGUGAAGAACUGGUAGUGGUCUUUGCAUCAGGUCAUUUAGAAUCACAACUUGUAUCCCAUUCCUUGGAAUAGAAUAAUUUCCCAUUGAUCAAUGGACAAUGUAUAUUUUGUAGCAUGGUAAACCAGAAGUGUUAAUUUAAUAAACCCAGAAGUUAAAUGAGGUGAAAGUGUCUUUCGAAGUCAGUAGAAUAUUUUCCAAAUACAAUAUUUUACUGGGUACUUUUAAGUUUCUUAGUCUUUGCCGAAUUAUUAACUCAAAUAAUGUUCUUACCUUAUACAAAUCUAACAUUAAUACAUUUCAACCUAAUAAGAUUGUAUAUGUUUUGUGUUAUAAUAGUUAUGCACUAAUUAAUUUAUAGUAACUGUUUGUAAGUUAAGUAUAUAAACAAAUGUGAUUUUUUAUCAUUAUUCUAAAAACUGAACAUUUUACAAGUAUUGAUGGUAAACCGUUCAUCCAACUCAACAAAACAAAGAGUCUACAGUUAAGAAUCACCUAAAAUCAAAGAAAAUUUUCAUUCUGGAAAUUAAAUAUGAGUAUUGGGAAAUUAUUUACAGUUUGGUUUUUUAACUGUAGUCCGUAAUUAGUUUAGACAAACAAAUAAAAUAAUACUUAACAACAAAUCACAGCCACGAAUUAUUUUACAUGCACAUAUAAAAUACAUUUGAAUUACAGUGCUUUCAUAUUAAAUCCUAGUAGAUAAUAAUAAGAAGAGGUUGUACAAAUUUUUUGAUGACAACCAUGAUACACAAUUAUAUGUGACAAAUAAUUAAGUAAAUGAUGAUAAUGAUUUUGUAUCAUUACAUGAUAGAUACAUAAUUAAUCGUGAGUUCAGUUUAGUUACUAGAGUUGCUUGUAUCAUAGAGUUUAAGAAGUUUAAAUUUGACAUUUUGAAACUAAUAUUUAUAAAUAUGUUUAAAAUAAUCUAUAAAUUCUUUUGUAUUUUAAAUAAAUUCUAAACAAUGCGAAAGAAUAUAACAUUAUUGCGGUACUUAGUUUAAUUGCAAUGUUCACGUGGAAAAACAUUUUUAAAAUUCCUUGUAAAAAUAAGUGAAUUUUUUUGCUUGGGUUUCUAAGAACAAUGAGACAUGAUCAUUUAAUUUCACAAUAUACUUAACACUUUUUUAUGUUUCUUUAACCCCUUUAGUACUUAAAUGUUGCAAAAUAUUAUACUCAUUUUGAAGUGUGGUUACGUCCAGUGAUUUGUGUUGUACUCUGACAAUAAAAGAACACAGAUUCUUUUAUAAAA